CGAGAAUGCAAUCGUAUCCAAAUUUCAUCUACGUGGUCGUCAUCCUCGUCAUCCUUGGAACUGUGAUCGUUCACGGUGACCCGGAACCAAUGGCAAGACCAACCCGGCUAGAGAUGUUCUCGAUCCCGGAAGAGCUUCGAAGAUACCUCGAUUCGCAUUACAAUUCGCACAGCGGGAAAGCCAGGUACGGGAAAAGGGGUGAUCUUCCAUCCACGAUGCCGGCCUCCAGUCGUGUCUGGGACACGGUGAAAACGAUUCUGGAUGGUUCCGAUGAAUCGCAACAACCGAGGUCCGAGAAACGGAAGCUAGGAAAAAAUGGGUAUGCUCGGGAGCUCGAGAGCUCCGGUGGCAGCAAGUCAAGGAUCAACGCUCGGCCGUGUCACAUGCUGGACAUUGUUGAAAAAUAUUACGACGGUGUGCAAUAAAGAAAAACGGUAUCGCGCGUUCUCCUCCGCUCGCAGGUGCAUGCACGUAUUCCGGUCACACCGAAAACGCG